UUACGUAGAAUAUUGUUUAGUCUAUGGUUGUAACUAGAAACAAUUUGUCAAAUGUCUUCCGUAAAAAUCUGGUAAAAAUUAAAACGCAAGUCGUGUAUCAAGAUCGAAUUUAUUCCUUUGUUUACUUUAGGCUAAAGCUAAUGUAGUAUUACAUUAACUUUGCUUUACAUUUCAAAUUGAGAUUCGCUGCAAACAUAGAAUAAAAUUCAUAGUGAUAAUUUGAGUAGUCUGAAGAACAUUUUUGAAUAUUUAAGAAGAGGUUGCUUCACAAGUUUUACUUCACCAUUGUAUCUGCUACUACAUGCAUGUGUGGUCAGUACUCAGUACACUAAAAAUUCAAAUAAAUCAUGACCAUAUCAACAAGAACUCUCGUACAAAUUGCUGGAUGGGGAGGUGUUGUAGUUGGUACCACCGGAAUAUACUUACAAUACCGUUUAAUUGAUAACGUGCGAAGCUACGAUUACUAUAAGAAUGCAUUGAAAAAGUUACGGGCUCAUGCAGGCGCUGUUCAUUACUUAGGAGAACCCAUUAAAGAUAAAAGGUUCAAAUUAACUGACAAGGAAAAUAAUUUUUCAGAUGGCAAAGAUGCUAGAUUCCGUAUACCAGUAACUGGCCCUAAGGAUAAAGGUGUUUAUUAUUUUUGGGCAGUGAGAGAAAAUAACGAGUGGACAAUCACUAGAGCUGAGUUAGAAUUAAAGUCAAAACCAGAAGCUAGACUCAUUAUUGUAAUUAAUAAGCUGAGAAGUUGAUAUCAAAAAUGUUCAUUGGAAAUGCUAAAGAAAAGUUUAAUUUUCAUAACACCCUACUGUGUAUAGUUAAAGGUUUACAAAACAAAAAUAUCACAUUAGAUCUGCGAAACGAUGCCUACGUAUGUGGCACAAUU